AUGUCCGGGCUUAUCUUAUUACUGGCACUAUGUGCUGUCAUGGCUGUGGCCUCUUUUCUGGCCGGCUCUCUGCCCCUAUCUAUGACGCUCUCACAGUCUCAGAUGCGAUUCAUUUCAAGCAUUGGUGUUGGUGUCCUGGUCGGCACGUCUCUCAUUAUCAUUAUACCUGAGGGUAUUGAAGCCGCUACUGCCGCCGCAGUGGCAAAGUCCAAAGUGGCCCAGACUCACAAUGUGCGGGCUGUCGUACUCAGUUACGACUUGGAUUCGGAAUUCGGGCCCCGCGUCCAUUACGCUGGUGGUCUUCCAAAUGUCGGUACCCGCGAGAAUGUGAAUGAGGUCGAGGUUGGAAUUUCACCCCCUGAAAUCAUUGUCCCUAGGACUGUCCAAACCAGGGAUGAGCAUGAUCACGGUUCAAGUGAAAAGGAACACAGCCAUGAUCAUGCAGAGGGGCACGUGGAAGUGCCUGCUUUUGAAAUUGGACUCUCACUUGUUUUGGGCUUUGCCUUGAUGUUCCUGAUAGAGAGGAUCCCGAAGCAUGCGAGCGAGCGUUUCCAGCAACCUCCGCAGCCUCGCCAUGUCAGCUUGGACAACCUUAACGGGGAGCCCUCUCCAAGGCUGGAUGAGAACGACAGUUUCUUGGGUGCAUUCUCGUCCACCGGCAAGGGCUCGCGAAGCUUGGCCACGACCCUUGGACUUGUCAUCCACGCCGCCGCCGAUGGUAUUGCGAUGGGAGCCUCUUCCACCGCCUCGGACACGCAGCUCGGGUUCAUCGUCUUCGUCGCCAUCAUGAUUCACAAGGCUCCUGCGUCGUUUGGAUUGACUUCGGUGCUCUUGAAGCAGGGUCUUUCGAAGCGCGCUGCCAGGGCUCAUCUGAUGGUCUUCAGCUUGGCUGCUCCCGCUGGUGCAUUGACGACUUGGUUACUCAUCACCAUUCUUGGCGGUGGCAACAUGGAUGGUGAUGCUGGAAAGUGGUGGACUGGUAUGCUGCUUCUGUUCUCAGGAGGCACGUUCUUGUAUGUCGCCAUGCACGCCAUGAACGACGAUGGUUCUCACGAUUCCAACACGACACAGAACGGCUACUCUGAAAGCGGCAGUCCGCGCCAACCAAAGGGGCCGCAGAUGAUAGAUACCCUUGCCACGGUUGGAGGCAUGCUACUGCCUCUGUUGGCUCAGCUUGGCGGCCAUCAUCAUCACUAG